CAUUGUCAUACUGUGAUCGAACUGUGUAAUCUCGUGUGUGACAUAAAAACACAAGAUACGCAAGACGUCAUUAACAUCACUUUAUUAUUGGUGAUAAGAGUGUCAAACGUUCAAGAGACAUUCGUCUUGUUUAGAUCGAGAAGUAGGUUGUAUUGUGCUUAUAAUUUAACUCUAUUUUACGUCCACUAGGUCCCAUUUCUAUAUCUUAAUAACCGUUUAUAGUUAAGUGAAAGAGAUCAUGUAUUUCUUUUGUAAUAUAUAUAUAAUUUUAUCAAUUUUUAUAAGUUUUCUCAAUAUCUAUAGGAGUGAUGCAAUGGUUGCCGAACAAUAUCUGUUUGAUUUCACUAAAAGUGACGGUGUCGACAUUUGGCAAGAACAAUCUGAUACAGUUCGUGACGUAGGGAUGUCGAAGGCAGUAUUCGUUCUUCACCAAAAUUUAGGCUUCAGAAGAGCUAUAUUUUUCGCUCUUUUGAAUCCUCAACCUAACGGUGCUGGAUUUGCUGGGAUUCGUGCUAUUAAAAGAUUUAACUUGACAGGGCACACCAUGCUGCAAAUACGAUGUAGAGGUCAAGGACAAUACAAUGGUUAUAAAAUGGUACUCAGACAUAAAGAUUUAAACGAUGAACCAAAUUACUCUUUUGAACAAAACUUCCAGGCACCCAAAGACGAGUUUGAAGUUAAAAACUUAUUAUUUACGGAUUUUAAGGCUUACUAUAGGGGCAAGAGAGUGAAUAAUAAUGAGACACUUGACACAUCACAAAUCUCCAGUUUGGGUAUUCAAGUGUAUGGAGGCGUGUAUCAGCCAGUCAAACAAAAAGGUCCUGCAACUCUAGAAAUUGACUGGAUAAAGGCUGUUUAGUAAUUGUUUGGAAUAAAGCAUGUUGUCACAAAGUAAAUAUUUGAAUAAUUGCAUCAUCUUAAUCAAGUAAAUCGUUUAUUUUCGAUCGUCGCCGCAUAGC